AAACAAAAAAAAUAACAUUAAAAAAAUAUUUAAAUAAAAUUAAUGACAUUACCUUCAUGGAAAGACAAUAAAAGAAGAUACUUAUCAAUUUUAGGCGGCUUUUUAAUACACAUAAUGAUAGGAACCUUUUAUUUAUGGGGAAAUAUAAAUGUAUAUGUAACAAGUCAUUUAAGAAAUAAUGGAUCAAAUGUAACAAUAGAUGAUAUGAAUUCUACUUUCCCAUUUUCAGGAAUGGCAAUGGGUUUAUUUACUCCUUUUGGUAAAAUUAUAGCUGAUAAAGUAGGAAAUAAACGUACAAUGAUAAUUUGUACAAUAUGUUUUGCCUCAUGCUCUUUAUUAGCUUCAUUUUAAACUACAUUCCUAUCUUUUUCUAUAACUUAUGGAUUUGCAGCUGGUAUGUUUGCUGGAAUUAUAUAUUUGAUUCCUUAUUAUUUUGCAUAUAGUAACUUUCCAAAUAACAAAGGAUUUGCAAGUGGUGUGAUUAGUGCGGGUUUUGGUCUUUCAACUUUUAUUUUCUCUUGGCUAUGUUAUUUUGUGAUAAAUCCAAAUAACUUAAAACCUAUAUUUAACCCAAAUACCCAUGAAAAUUACUUUUCAAAAGAAGUUUCUAAUCGUGUUCCUUAUAUGUUAAGAAUUUUAUCUGGUUUAUUUUUAUUCUUAGGAACAUUAGGAUGCUUUUUACAAAAUCUUCCAGAAGAAAACGAAAUUUAACAAUAAGAAAGAGGCGAAUCAAUAAAAAUAAAAAUAGACGAUUAAGCAUCUUUCAUAAAUUAAUAUAAUGGAAUUAAUGAAUGUAAAGAUAUUAAAAGUGGUCUCAGAACACCAGUUGUGUAUUUAACAAUGAUCUUAAUAUUGUUCUAUGGGGCUUAAGGUAACUUUAUAAUUGAUAAUUUCCAACCUAUUGGAUAACAAAUUGGAAAUUUUAGUGAUUUUUAUUUAACCAUAGUAGGUAGUUUAGGCAGUAUUUUUAAUGGUUUUAUAAGACUUAUCUGGGGAAGGGCUUUAGAUAAAUAUUGUUUUAAAAAGCUUGCCUAUUUGAAUUUAUCUAUUGAAUUUGUUUGUAUGAUAAUAUUUUAGUAUUGUGUCUAAUAUAAAUCUUUGUAUAUUAUUUCUGUACUUUUAAUGCUUGGAUGUUUUGGAGGUUGGAGUGCUAAAAUGCCUGCUGUAAUUGCUAAAGUUUAUGGGAAAGAUAUUGGCUCUACUUUUUAUGGAAUUACAGUUUAAGGUUAAGCUAUGGGAUGCUGGUUGUAAUUUUUUAUUGUCAAAUAUUUGAGAGUUAAUUUUGGGUGGAAUAAUAUUUUCUAUAUUUAUAGUGGGAUUAUUGCUAUUGCGGCUAUAUUGACUUAUUUUGCGAAUUUCCAUAUUAAUUGGAAUGAGUUUUAUGCAAAAAGAUAAAGCUUAAAGGAAGAUUUAAUAAUAGAAAAAUCUUUAUAUAAUAAUGGGGAAGAAGAAGUACUCAAAAUUGAUUUAAUAAAAAAACUUAGUAUAAAUUAAGAAGAUGAGAUGAAAAAAUAAAGAUAAUGAAAAUAAAAAUUAGAUAUUUUUAAUUAUUUUAUUUCAAUAAUAUUUAAAAUAAAAUUAUAAUAUAAAAAAAAGUAAUUUUUAUUAUAUGGUAUUUUGUAUUUUAUAAACUAUAUAUAUAAUAAUUAUAAU